GCGCUGUCCUCCGGUUGACGCGCUAUCCCCCGGUUGACGCAACUGCCGACUAUCCCUCGCAACCAUCGAACCAGUCUUACAGCUGGUUCAAGACUUCAUCAACACACGCACAAGCUCUUCAAGACACACUGGGCAUGGACGCCGACUAUGGGAUUUCAGGACUAUGGCGAGACGACGGAUUUGCAUGGGUAGACCAAGACGAAGACUUGGCAGAAUCGGACCCCGACGAGUCUGCAGAAUCGACUCCAAACGUCGAGAUACCAAGACUUGGCGGCCGUCAAAGAGUGUCGUUCAGCCUUCUCCCCGCAGCACUCACCAGGGUCUUGGACAUCCCAAAUGAGGACGCUGAGCUCGUCGAUUUCCUUGGCAUGAUAAACCCGGAAGCCUCCGCAACGCUGCUAGAGACCUCAUUUGGGCUUCGUAGCGCCCUGCUCAAGCUGCGCAAGCUUGGCAUCCUCCCCAAUGGCCCCCUGCCCACCUUCUGGCGCGCGCUCCUUCCUCGCGCCGUCCCACUGGGUCUGCCGCCCUUGAUCGAUCGCCUGCCCACCGAGCUACUGUCGACAAUCUUCAUCUUCCUCGUCGAGGCCGAGCUUGCCACCAAAUCGCACACAUCCGUGCGGCUGUCGCACGUCUGCAGUACUUGGCGCGCCACCGCGCUGGGCGAAGCGGCGCUCUGGACGCACGUCAACGUCCGGGAGUGCGAUGGCCAGUGGCAAUGUGCCAGGCGGAGGGUCGCGGAGCUGUACACGCAACGCGCGCAGAUGCUCCCGCUAGACGUCGCGUUCGAUGCUCCAUUCGGCAUACCCCGCCAGGGACCCGAUGUCUGCCCAUGCACGCUCGACCUCGUCCUGACCAACAUGCCGCGCACGCGAUCCCUGUCCCUUUUCUGGACCCACGAGUACGCCCUCCGGCCGCUCUCGCGCGUCCCGCCCGCCGACAAGGAGCGCUUGGAAAGUCUGAGCGUCACCCUCGACGACUUCACCGCAGCACACCGGGCGAACACCGACCUCGUCGCCCGGUUCGCCGCCUCCGCGCCCGUCCUGCGCGAGCUCUACUGGCGGGAGCGCGCCCUGCCCGCUGGCAUCCCCUAUGCGCGCAUGACCGCCCUCGCGCUCGGGCGGUGCCCGCUCAGCGAGGAGGACGUGCUGUGGAUCCUGCGCUACGCGCCCGCGCUCACGCAGCUCAACGUCAACCUCUUCGCCGCGCGCAGCUUCUCGCACGCUCCACUAACGCACCGUGCCCUGCAGUCCUUCCGCCUCGCGGGCGAGGGCACGCGCAACGGGCUGUUUAGCGCGCUGAGCUUCCCGGCGCUCCGGUAUCUGUGGGUGGGCACGUCCGAGCAGGCCUCUCGCGCUCUGUGGCCCGACCGCGACGCGGAGGUCUGGCUCGCGUUCUUGGGGCGCAUGGUAAGGGGGCUGGAGUCCCUGGACCUCUCCGAGGUACUCAUGGAGGAAGAGACGCUCCUGCGCUCACUUAUGCUGCCCCAACUCGCCGGGUUGCGCAAUCUGUCCGUACAAGGCGAUACCCUCAUUGCUGGGUAUGAUCUGUUCCAGCUUUUGCGGCCUAACCCGGCGGGCUCGAUUGCGCCUGCUCUUCCUAAUUUACAAAAGCUUACACUCAGCCUGUGUGAAGUGCGCGACGGCGUGGUCGGCCGGAUUCUGCAGAGUCGGUUUGAGUAUGGGAUGCCCAUGUCGUGGGUGGUGAUUACCUUUCUCGGGACCUACGCGGAGCACUCAAAAGACUCGGCUAUGUUUCGUCAACUGAGUGCAAGUCGAGCGACGAACAUGGUCUACGCUCCUCAAGUUCUUACACCCGACGAGGAAUUUUGCAAGUUCAUUUUGGUAGUCAAUACGCACAACAGAAGCGGCAUUCGUAGGUCAGAGAUCAACGAACUCUUACGAAGCUCAGAUUUCAAUUCACUUCAACUCGAAAACGCCUCCAAAGCAGAGGGCUCGAUGCGCAUCAAUGCCAUAGUAGUCCACAAUGAUAUAGUAGUCCACUAAUGUACAUCGGUAUAGUUUGUAAUGGAGAAUCAUCACGGUCGUCGCUUGUUCAUAUACUCGACUGCCACCUCAUCAUUAUCCUUCGGGCCCUGCAGCACCCCUCUCCAUCACUCCAGCACCCCUC